AUGAACCUCCUGAUGCUGGCCUUCAUUAUAUGUGGGUUUCUAAAUCUGGUGACCAAAGCUGGCUGGGAAGUCAAAAGAUGUUGGAAGGAUAACAUCGGGCACUGCAGAAAACGAUGUUUUCAUGUUGAAAGGUACAAGCUGCUUUGUAUGAACAAGCUAACGUGCUGCAUUCCCAUAAAAGAAGACGACGGAUACACUAAAACGCCACCACGUCCUGUACCCUUUGAAGAACGGAUAACUGUUAAUACGAAUGAAUGGGAUUUAUUUUCUAAUUCCCCCAUAUCUUGGUUUGAUGAUGAGAUUCCAGAAGGUGGCACUGCUGCUCCAGUUUGUGGCUUCUCCUUGCCCAAAGACCUGGGUAGGAACUGCUGUGGCUCCCAUGAGCCACACAAAGAUCUGGCUGUGGGGGGUCGGAAGGGGGGUUGUGGGCUUAGCACUGGGUGCACACGGGUGCAGGCGGACCAGGAGAGUCUCCAGUGGGAUACUCCCAGAGGUUUGUAG